CGUAACCUCUUUAGACACAACGACAUAAGACGCUUGCGUGAAGCUACUAGGGCAGAUAUAUUGUCAACCACGUCAAGCUUCCUGUGCCUAAGCCAAGUUUCUUCACUGUGGAAUUCAUGCUUGUUGAUAUGUGUUCAAAAGGUUCUAAUACUGAGAAUUUCAAUUGUUUAACGAAAUACAUGAAAGCUUAUGAAAGGUCGGUCUUGUCUGCAAUUAAAUUUGGUAAUCGCUUCAGUGACAGGUAUUAUUAUCAGUCCACUGAUGGAAUUUAGUUCCUCAUUUGUAAUAUCGACAAGCAGUUAUUGUUGUCAAAAACAUUGGUGCACAACCUUGGAUUUGAACAUUUCUGAACUGUGACGCAAGUGAACGUCCGCGUAAGCUCACACUGGCUGGUAAGUUUAGGAUUUUCAAGCAACGAAUUGAUUAGCAACAAGAUCGCUCAUUGACGCUCCAUUAAAUUUACGUUAUUAGCACCAAUUGAAGGCUUCCGAAGACUAACUUUGUCUUUGUAAACUCUCCGUAUAUAUACAUUUGAAGUGGAAAGUUUGUGAGAGCAAUUUCAGGUUGAGGCUUUUUCAACCAGCUCUUGAAUUUAGCAAAGCACACAUGGCUGUUGCCAAAACUACUACCAGAAUUGCACACAAAAACACAGUUGCUCAAAAUGUGGAUCCUGAGUACAGGUUGUAUCAACACCCUGUGUGUGAGCGAAAUGUUCCUUUUGUUCUCAUCAUAUUGUCAGGCUGGGGAGAAGGAAGAGAGGACGAGUUCAAUGCAAUCCACAAAUCUGAUUGUGUAGCCAUCAAAACAUUGAGGAAUAUACAUCCAUACAGGUGGCGAACUCUAAAAGCUCAUGGUGAAUGGGUUGGAUUGCCAAAGAACACAGACAUGGGAAAUGGGGAAGUGGGAAACAAUGCCAUGGGAUGUGGAAAAAUUGUUGCACAAAGGGCAACUCUUGUAGACAAAGCCAUUGCAGAUGGGAGCAUGAGCAAGGGCCAGGGAUGGUUGUAUGCAAAAGAGGCGUGGGUGUAUGGUGGAACCCUCCAUCUUCUCGGACUUCUGAGUGAUGGUGGGGUUCAUUCAAGAUACGACCAACUUCGAUACAUUUUUAAAACAGCUGCUGAUCAACAAUGCAAGAAAAUCCGCUUCCAUGUGUUAUUGGAUGGGAGAGAUGUGAACGAAGGCACAAGCAUCCACUUUGUAGAGCAAUUGGAGAAGGACUUAGAUGAACUCCGCAAAUGGGGAUGUGAUGCAAGAAUUGCAUCUGGAGGAGGCCGCAUGUUUGUCACUAUGGACCAUUGGAAUACUGAUUGGCGAAUUGUAAGGCGCGGUUGGUAUGCUCAUGUGCUUGGAGAUUCACCCAACAAGUAUGAGAGUGCAGUAGAAGCAAUUACUGAUUUGAAGAAAAAAGAUCCACAUUGCAAUGAUCAAUAUUUACCUCCAUUUGUUAUCAUUAAAAAAUCUGAUGGGAAGCCCUGGGGUACAAUUGAAGAAGGAGAUGUUGUGAUCAAUUUCAAUUUCCGUGCGGAUCGCAUGAUUCAAAUCAGCCAAGCUUUUGUUGAUGAAAAUUUUGACAAAUUUGACCGCAUAUAUUGGCCAAAUGUACGAUAUGUUGCACUCAUGCAAUAUGAUCUUAAAGCCAAGAUUCCCAUUCACUAUUUAGUAAAACCUCCCCAAUUUCACAAAUUAGCUGGAAAAUAUUUAAGUGCUAAUGGUGUGCGUACAUUUGCCAUUACUGAAAGCCAAAAAAUGGGUCACAUUACUUUCAAUUGGAAUGGAAAUAACUCUGGUAAGACACAUGAAGUGAAUGACACAUGGCAUGAAGUACAAAGUGAAAAUGUAAGAUAUGAAUAUGAGCCAGAAAUGCGUGCAGCCACAAUUGGAAAUGUGGCAAAUGAUGCAUUGCUCUCUGGAAAAUAUGAUUUUGUUCGUGUGAUGUUUGCUAAUGGAGACUUUGUUGGUCAUACAAAUGACUUUGAGGCCACAAAAAGGGCAUGUGUUGCAGUUGAUGAAGGCAUUAAGUUGAUAUGUAGUGCAGUGGAAUUGUGUGGAGGUAUAUAUAUGAUUGUAGGGGAUCAUGGCAACUGUGAGGACAUGGUGCAACGAGACGUAGAAGGAAAUCCUCAAUUGGAUGGAUGUGGAAACCCAUUUCGUAAACCUUGCCACUCUCUCCAUGAGGUACCAUGUGGAAUUGGAGGCCCAGGAUUACAUCCUAAUGCAAGAUUCCGUGAUAAUCUACGAAAUGCGGGUCUAGCCAAUGUUACUGCAACCUACAUGAAUUUAUUAGGGUUUGAAGCACCACAUUGCUAUGAACCAUCUCUUCUUACAUUUGAUUACAAUCCUUGGGCAUUCACAGGAGUUCAUGAAGAUCACAAACCCCACAUGGAUGAUCAAAGGGCUCUAAUCAAAAGAUAGUUAGCUCUUAAUUUAAUUUAUAUUUAUCUUUUUUCAAAAUAGAUGUGAAACAUUCAAAGUUAAUUGAACAGUAAAUUCUUCUCCAGUGAAAAGCAAUGCACAUGCAACUACAAUAUCUCAAUAACAUUUUCAGAUAAUUACAUUCACAAUCA